UCACACUCCUUCCCUCUGAUGCCGACUGGAUGCAGACCGGGGGAUUUCCAGCAGCUUCCUGAGUCUGUCCUCCCUCUCCUCCCCUCCUCCUCCUCCUCCUCCUUAACCGUCCGGAGCUUCUCCUCUUCUGCCUCCUCUUUUCCUCCUGUUCCUCAGCACCAGGAUGUGGCACUCGGUGGCUCUGCUCCUCUCUGGAUUCUCUGCUUUGAUCCACGUGUCGUUGCAGGGUCCUCACCAGAGGAACCUGUUAAAGAACCUCCUGAAGGACUACAACCGGAUGGAGCGGCCGGUGGGCAACGACUCCCACCCGCUCACCGUCAUCUUCUCCCUCAGUAUGAUACAGAUCAUGGACGUGGAUGAGAAGAAUCAGGUGCUCACCUCGAACAUGUGGCUGCGGAUGAGUUGGUUCGACCACUAUCUCCAGUGGAACCAGAGCGAACAUCCCGGAGUGAAAAACCUCCGCUUCACUACAGACCAGGUCUGGACACCAGACAUCCUGCUCUACAACAGUGCAGAUGACGACUUUGACUCCACCUUUAAGACCAAUGUUCUGGUGAACUCCAGUGGCUACGCAGAGUAUCUGCCUCCAGGAAUCUUCAUGAGCACAUGCAACGUGGAUGUUCGCUGGUUCCCUUUUGACAUCCAGCAGUGUGAGCUGAAGUUCGGCUCUUGGACGUAUGACGGGUGGCUCCUGGACCUCCAGAUGAACGAUGCCGACAUCUCAGGCUACAUGCCCAAUGGAGAGUGGGACUUGAUUGGGGUUCCUGGCACCAGAAGUGAGGCCUUCUAUGAUUGUUGUAAGGAGCCUUAUCCGGAUGUGACGUUUGUUGUGACAAUACGGCGGCGGACUCUCUACUAUGCCCUGAACCUGCUCAUCCCCUGUGUGCUGCUGUCUUCGAUGACCCUGCUCAUCUUUGUGCUGCCAGCUGACUCUGGGGAGAAGAUAUCACUAGGUAUCACCGUCUUGCUGUCUCUUACUGUUUUCAUGUUGCUGGUUGCAGAGAUCAUGCCAGCCACAUCGGACUCCGUCCCUCUUAUAGGUCAGUACUUUGCCAGUAUAAUGAUCAUCGUUGGGAUGUCAGUCAUCGCCACAGUGGUGGUUCUGCAGUAUCAUCACCACGAUCCAAAUGGAGGAAACAUGCCGAAAUGGGUGCAGCUCGUCUUGCUGCAGUGGGUAGCAUGGUUCUUGCGUAUGAAGCGGCCGGGAGAGAAUGACGACCCAGAGCGGCCCCCGUGUGCACCCCACUUGCGGCGCUGCUCCUCGAGCUCCCAGAGCGGGAGCAUCACAAAUCCACCAGACCCCACUCUCCAUCUGCUGCACCCACAUAACCUGGCACCUCUGCAAACAGGGCCUCUCCAUGCGGGGCAUCCUCACCUUCACGCCCAGUCCAGCGCUAACAACAACGGGAACCUUCUUUACAUGGGAUACCAGAGCAUGGAGGACCCUUCUAUACUCUCAGAGCCUCUCCAGAGAAAUAACAUCUCCACAGGGCCUCCGCGGGGAGCAGGAAGCCCGCCACCUCACCUUCCAUCUCAGUUCUGCAGCUCCCCACCACCUCCUAACCCCAACAUGGAUACUGUAGGCUGCCCUAGCACUGUCUCCAGUGGUGGGGGCUUUGGAGGUGGACCCGGAGGGUGCUCGACAGCAGGAAUAGGAGACCCCCAGCUACAGGCCAUCUUGGAGGAAGUGCGUUACAUGGCAGAUCGUUUCCGGGAGCAGGACGAGGUAGAGAGCGUGGCCGACCAGUGGAAAUUUGCAGGCGCAGUCAUUGAUCGUCUGUGUUUGGUGGCGUUCAGUGUUUUCAACAUCAUAUGCACCAUCUCCAUCCUCAUGUCUGCUCCAAACUUUGCAGACGCUAUUUCAAAGGACUUCAUUUGAAAGCAAAGGGGACAAAAAGAAGAAGAGAAGCGUGAAAAGUAAGGACGAGGGGAAUUAAAUAUAAGAUGAAGGAUGGAGUGGGCCCGGAUCCAAGGAAACACAAUUUCCAGCGGACUGUAGGCUCUGUGAUUCGUUAUUGCAAGGAACUUGGAAAUAGAAAAAACCCCAAAUGGUUUUCUUUGCUAUACAAUACUGUUUUGUAACUGAAAUAUAAGAAGAAAACAGAUGAGGAAGGGAGUCCAGAGUAUACGUUAAAUGAUUAAGGGGAGCAGGGUGCUUUAUCAGAUUCUUGACAAGGUGAAAUGGAUUCUUUUGUUAAUUCAAAGACUUUCCCCCCACAAUUAGGGGAAAGAAUGAGUCAGAGAGAGAAAGAAAAAGAUUAUCAGUCCAAUGCAACCUCAAGGAAGAAAGCUCUUAAAGCGAAGAAGAGAUUGAGAGAGUAAGAGGGGAAAAGCGACGGAUAAAUAAGACAGACAUUGGGCUGUUUUAUUUUCUUGAGUAGGAAGGACAGACCUUCACUACCACAUGCUGAGAACAGACUGCAUCAUUUAAAGUGAUGUGGGGAGGAGAGAGGGGGGGGAGGGGAGAAGAAAAAGACUUAUAGGGACAACAGAGAAGGAAGAACCGAGAUUUCAUCCCUUUGACAGAGUUAGGCAGAGUAAACAGCUUGACGCUUGGAUAUACAAAAGUGGGCGGAAGAUCAGGAAGCAGAGAGGAACAGAAGAGGAUCUCAUCCAUUAAAUCAUCCAUUUAAAGACCGUCAAAUUGAAAGACCUUGGAUAAUCUUUAAGACUAAUAAGCUUUUAAAGGAUGAAGUCCCCUCUCUGCUCGCAAAACCACUUUAAAUUUCCAAGGCCUUAUCUCUUUGAGACGAUUGGCAAUCUGCAACAAUCAGCAGAGAUCAAAAGCUGCUCAGCAGCGGGCACAGUGUGCAGUGCUUAUCACGACCGGGAAACUGAAUUAACCGGUCAUCAACAACGCAAUGGCCAAUAGCUGCACCACAGUGGAGGCUUGAGCCAAUAAUAACUCAUGAGGCAGUUACCUAACUGUAUCUGGCAGGUCCUAACAGACCAAGGAUCUCAUUGGAUUUUAUAUUAAAGGAGUAAUAACUGAAAUGGGAGGUCAGGUCUUUCAAAGAAGAAUAAGAUCAUUCAAAAUCCUCAAAUGUAUAUGGAGAAGCAACAUCCUAUCAAUUUAUGUUGGAUCCCUUCAGGGGUUUACAGCUUCAUCUAUCUAAAAUGAAAGAUGACAUUUUAUGGAGCUGUAUUUUGAUGAAAUACAGUAAAGGCAGAGAGCAUCUGUAGAAAAUGGUAACUAAUAAACAAAAUGUGUCUUUAAUUAGUUUGGGUUUGAGGGAAGUCGACUUGAAUGUGUGCUGGAUGCAAGGUAAGACUAGCUUAGUGUAAUUCAUGGAUGUCUAUGGGUUCGAAUGUUAAAGUUUUCCAAGAAUCGCUGUCUAAGAUGUUUUACAAAAUUCACAAUUACCAGAGAAAUUAGAUUAUAUCAAACUUCCAAUUUGCCAACUUGCUUUGGCUGUGUCCAAAAUCAUUCCUGUUUUACUAUAUUGAGUCCCUCAACAGGAACCCGCAGUGGAGUGUCUAUGGCAUGAGUUAAUAAGGGAGUGAUUUUGGACACAGCCCAAUAUUAUAAGAGAAGGAUGAGUCAUUCAAAAGGAAGCUAGAAGCAACAGAAAUCCAGCUGAAAGUGUACAUUUAAAAAAAGUCUUCUCUGUGCAAUUCAGCAGAGGUAAUCGCUGAGUCUCCCAAUGCUUCACUGAUUCCAAGAUAGUGUCACAUUGUCUUCAAUAUUAGAUGUCAUGUGGAAAGCUAUAGGAUUACUAUAGGAUGUUUCUGUAUUUGUGAAAACAGUAGUAUAAACAUAUAAGUGCCCAGCCUACAAAGCCCACACACAAAACAUAACUGUUGAAAACAAAUGUUUUAGCAUUAAACCCUGGAUAAAGUGUGUUUCUCUCCAUUUGAGUUUCUGAUACCAGUCGUGAAAUGAACAAAGCAAGCUAAGCUCGUUGUUCGACAAAACAUUCAACCUGUAAGCAGAGACGUUUUGCCCGACUGUAGUUGUAGGCCAGACUUACUGUGUAUUUUCUUAUAUUGUCAACAAAUCGCAUGAAAACACUUAAACCUACAAAACCUCUCAAUACAUUCCAACACUGUCUGUGGCACACAGUCUCAAGUCAUGUGUUGAUUAUGAACCUGAAUCCUUAAAAACAGGUGGGCACUGUAUUUGUAAUGAAGGAACAUUUCACCCAGUACAGCAAUGUGCAUCUUUGAUGUGUUUUUAAAAACAAUGGAGGUCUAUUGCCCAAAGGAAAAAGCUACAUCAGGCUUUGGCUACACAGACAACACUUGCUAGUAGGAUAUAGGAUACAUAUGUUGUAGGUUUUGGUAUUUUCAUGGGAUUUGAUGACGAUAAGAAAUAUAUCUGCUCCCUUAUACUUUAAGAAAUCCAUUAAUGUUUGCUUUAACACAAAAUAAGGUUACUAUAUUUCUGACUGCACUGUCUCUAGUGGCUAUACACAUGUAUCAUAUCACUGUGAACAGCUACAUAGAGUGUAGAGAGAGUUACAAAUACUUCAUCUCUGUACCUCUCUUCAAGUCAAGCCUCCUAGCACGCGGAAAGUAAAGUUCUUGCCGGGAGGUUUUGUAGAAGGAUGUUCUCCUUCCAGCACAUACUGACACCUGAACACUCACAUCUGUACAGAACAUUUUAUCAUCCUGAAAAUAAAGGAUUCUCUCUUUUUUCUACCA